AAAGCGUCCCUGGAGCAACGGCUAGAUAAAUAAACCUUAUCAGAGAGAAACCACGCAGCGCAGGGAGGGGUGAAGUUUCCAUCCCGGAGCUUUUCCUGCUCCCCAAUCUCCUCCCUUCUCGUGCUGCCGCUCGCAAAGCAACAAACCGGUUCAAUCCUUUCACCAGCGAGCUCAGCCCUCUCCCCGCCCGGCAAUCCUCGCCGGGUUUUGCCUGCCUCCUCCCCGCGUCCCCCUCGGCGGGGCCGGUGCCGCCGGUGCCCCCGGUGCGGGCGGGGAGGGGCGCGGAGGCUCCGGCCAUGCGGGUGCCGCUGCCCGCCCUGCUCUGCUGCUCCGCCGCCAGCCUGCUGCUGCUGCUGCUGCUGCCAUGGCGCCGCCGCAGGAGGCUCUGGAAGAAGGUGAAGGAGGCUCAGCAAAGGCAGGAGAGGAGCUUGGUGCGGAUGGAAGCGGCCGCGCAGCGCUUUCGGGAGCAGCAUCCUUCUGUGAACAUGACCUCCAUCCUCUCGCUGUCUUUGCCGGAGCUCUCCCAGAAACUUCGUGAUGGUUCCCUCCCUCUGGAGCAUGUCUUCUACACCUACGUGAGCGAGGCCGUCCGGAUCACCAUAGAAACCAACUGCAUCACGGAGUACCUGGAGGAGUGUGAGACGCAGCUCAAGAAAGCAAAGCUGACGGGGAAGCCUGGUUUGCUAUAUGGAGUGCCUGUCAGCAUCAAAGACUCCAUCGAUUGCCAGGGUCAUGAUUCCACGCUAGGGUUUAUAAAAAACCUCAAUAAACCCGCAGCAGAGGACAGCGUGGUGGUGCAGGUGCUCAGGAGACAGGGAGCAAUUCCGUUUGUCAAAACCAAUGUUCCUCAGUCCCUCAUCAGCUAUGACUGCAAGAACUUAAUCUUUGGUCAGACGUUCAACCCUCUGCUCUACACCAGAAGUCCCGGAGGCUCCUCUGGUGGAGAAGGGGCACUUGUAGGAGGAGGUGGGUCCAUCCUGGGCCUUGGGACCGAUGUAGGAGGGAGCCUGCGUUUCCCUGCUGCCUUCUGUGGGAUCUGUGCACUCAAACCCACAGGGAACAGACUCAGUAAGAAAGGGAUAGUUUCUGGUGUCCCUGGACAGAAGGCAGUGGCUGCAGCAGUAGGGCCGAUUGCGAAAGAUGUAGAGAGCCUGGCACUGUGCAUGCGGGCGCUGCUGUGUGAGGACAUGUUCAACCUGGACAGCACAGUGCCUCCCCUUCCCUUCAAUGAAGAGAUCUAUUCCAGCACGCAGCCCCUUCGCAUAGGCUACUAUGAAACUGAUUUCUUCACCAUGCCAAGCCCUGCCAUGAGACGUGCUGUUCGGGAAAUGAAGGAGCUGUUGGAGGAUGCUGGCCACACGCUGGUGCCCUUCGAACUCAUGAAUGUGGACUAUGUGGUGUUUAACUUCUGUCUCAGGGGAUUGUUUGCAGAUGGGGGUGCUUCCUUUCUCAAGAAAUUCCAAGGGGAGCUGGAGAAAAGCAGCACGGGGCUGUUGUUCUGGUUGGCGAAGUCACCAGACUGGCUAAAAACUCUCCUCUCCUGGAUUGCCAAACCCUUCAUGCCUCGAUUUUCAAAUAUUGUAAGAAGCAUGAGAGCAAACACUGUGGAUGAAGUCUGGAGUCUUCAUCAUGAAAUUGAGGAGUUUUGCCACCAGUUCACCGCUCAGUGGAAAAAGCUAAAUCUAGAUGUCAUGCUUUGUCCCAUGCUGAGCCCGGCUCUUCGCAUCGGCUACCCUGUGAAGCUCUCAGUGGCAGUCAGCUACGCGAUGCUCUACAAUGCCUUGGAUUUCCCUGCUGGUGUGGUCCCUGUCACGAUGGUAAUGGAAGAGGACGAGGAGGAACUGAAAAGCUACCAGGGGUACUUUCAGGACUGGUGGGACCAGACCCUGGUAAAGGCUUUUCGUGACAGCGUGGGGCUGCCCGUGGCCGUGCAGUGCGUGGCCUUGCCUUGGCAGGAGGAAUUGUGCCUACGGUUCAUGAAGGAGGUGGAGACGCUUGCCUUGAAGAAAAACAGCCUUAUCUGAGUCCCAUACGCUAUUUGGAGCAGGUUCCCAUUUAACACCAGCACAGGUCAUCCUUUCAUCUGACUCACCUGCAGGACUCGUGUUCCCCUCCACAAGGAUGCGGUCGUGGCUGGGCUGACUGCUGGCUUUGGGGCACAAGGGAAAAGCGAGGCGAGCUCUGCAGUGGUGGAGCACUUCCAAUCGUUCUCUUAAUACAGUAUUUUUUGUUAUCGGAAAGU